AUGACUAGGAGAUCGAAACAUCUGCUGAAAUUGCUUGAAAAGAGAGAUGAGUUGAUCACUGCUCAAAUGGAUUUUAUUAAUUUUUGCAACGAUCGGGCUAACGAUUUGGAUUCCAUCCAUAUUAUGGUGAACGAUUAUAAGGAUAGACUUAAGGAAGAAAAUUUGUACUUACGCCAAAGAAUGUGGGAAGAGGGUUGGAGUUUUUAUGAUUUUUAUAUCGUUGAUCCAUAUGGUAAUUAUUAUCCGUUUCACUGGGGAUUGGAUCGGGAACCGGAACCAUCUGAAUUUUAUUAUUUUAACACGGAGAAGGGAAGAUGGUUCAAUAAACAUGAAGGUGUAAAUAAACAAUUUCUAAGAGCGAUAAGGAAAAGAGAGCAUGAGAUAUUGAAAGCCAGGGCAACUGGAAUGUCAACAGUACAAGCCACAGAAAAAUUUUUCGAUGAACGUAAGAAAGAAAUUGAGGCCAAAAAGCAAAAAGAAGAAGAGAUGUGGAGAGCAAGAGAAGCAGCACAGCAAAUGCAGGAACAGGGCUCGAAUUUCGAUAAACCAGCUUUUCAAAUUCUGAAACGUCCACAAGGAUGUGAGACGCAGUCGUCAUCUUCGCAGCACGAUAUGUCAAAACUUGAGGAAAAAACAAAGACGAUGACUCUUCAAGAAAGGGAAGCAGCAUAUCUGCAAGCACGAGAAAGAAUAUUUGGGGGUGUUUAUAGGGUCGAGGAGGAUCGAGAUUUAGCUUUUGAUCAGAUGGUCCGCAGUGCAGGUAGUUGCGUCCCAGCAGGUGUGCCACUGCCCCAUCCAUCAUAUCAUGCACCGAAUCCGCGACCUAGAUUACCAGUUAUGAUGAGGACACCAAGACCUCCACUGUACCAACAGCCACUUCCAUUAGGUAUACCACCGUUUAGGAUACCACCACCUCUACCAGGUGCCUAUACACCAUCAUUACCUCCUAUUUCGCAGCAAAGGUUUCCAGUAGCUGGAAUGCAACAUGCACCGAAUACUCAACUACAACGUCUUCCGUAUUUCGAUUCUAGAAUUCCACCUCCUGCAGCACCACCGCCUCCCUAUAUUGGACAGAAUCUAGGACAGAAUCUGAUUGGUAUGAAUCCAGCAUUCAGCGAUCCUACAAGAAAUAAUCCUGUACCCUACGGACGCCCACCUACUCAGCUGUUAUCACAGAAUCAGUUUACACUUUCGUUCAGCGAUCAAUCAAAUCGAUUUUACUGA